AUGGCCCCCAGCUUCAUCCUCACCCUUUCGGGCCCCGAUCGCCCCGGUAUCGUCCACGCCGUCACCGCGUUCCUCGUCCAGCACAAUCUGAACAUCGUCGACUCCUCCCAAUUCGGCGACCUGACCUCGAAGCGCUUCUUCAUGCGCAUGCAGUUUGCGCCCGCCACCGACAGCGAUGAGGUGCCUGCGCUCGAGACGCUGUGCGCCGCUUUCGAGCCCACCGCACAGUCCUUCUCCAUGGAGUUCGCGAUCCACCCCACCACCCAGAAGCCCCGUGUGAUGAUCAUGGUCUCCAAGAUCGGCCACUGCCUCAAUGACCUCCUCUUCCGCCAGUCCACUGGUCAGCUCAGCAUUGAGGUGCCCCUGAUCAUCUCCAACCACCCCGACUUCGCCGCUCUGGCGGCCACCUAUAACAUUCCUUUCCACCACCUCCCCGUCACCGCCGACACCAAGGCGCAGCAGGAGGCCCAGAUCUUGGCGCUAGUGCGUGAGCACAACAUUGACUUGAUUGUGCUGGCGCGCUACAUGCAGGUUCUGUCUCCCAAGCUGUGUGAGGCCAUGUCCGGACGCAUUAUCAAUAUUCACCACAGCUUCUUGCCUUCCUUCAAGGGUGCCAAGCCCUACCACCAGGCCUAUGACCGUGGCGUGAAGAUCAUCGGUGCCACCGCCCACUUCGUCACCAGUGACCUCGAUGAGGGACCCAUCAUUGAGCAGAAUGUCGUGCGCGUGAACCACGGCAUGAGCCCCAAGGAGCUUACCCACGCCGGCAGCAACGUCGAAAGCAAUGUGCUCGCCACUGCGGUGAAGUAUGUCACCGAGCGGCGUGUGCUGCUGAACGGACACAAGACCAUUGUGUUUGACUAA